AUGGUUAACAGUCGUUUCGUUGUAAUUAUUCUUGCUGCUUGCUUUUCAUUUACUUUCUCAGCCAUAAUCGAUCCUCAAUCGAAUGACUACUCGAAAGUUCAAAGAAGAUCAUGGGAACAAGCUAUUGCUAUGGCUAAAUCCUUCGUGGGACAAUUAUCAUUAGAAGAAAAAUGUAAUAUGACAUCUGGUAUUGGAGGUCCAUGUGCAGGCAAUGUUUUACCUAUAACACGUCUUAAUUUUAAUGGUAUGUGUUUCCAGGACUCCCCUAGCGGCGUUGGAGAUGGAGUAUUACAUUCAACUGCUUUUGCAGCUGGUAUACAAACAGCUGCUACUUGGGAUCGAGAUAUAUUUUAUAGACGUGGUGUAGCUAUAGGUAAAGAAUUUCAAGGUAAAGGAAUUCAUUUUGCUUUGGGUCCCAUGAUGAAUAUUGAUCGAAAUGCUCGACAUGGUCGUAAUUGGGAAGGUUUUGGUGCUGAUCCAUAUCUUUCUGGAGAAAAUUCAUUCUAUUACAUUCAAGGUGUUCAAGAUCAAGGUGUUGUUGCAACUGCUAAACAUUAUAUAUGUAAUGAACAAGAAACAAAUCGUUUUUAUGGUUCACCAUAUGAUAAAAAACGACUUGGUGCUAGUAAUUCACAAGGUUAUUCAGCUAAUCUUGAUGAUAAAACAAUACAUGAAAUAUAUCUUUGGCCAUUUGCAUCUAGUGUUGCUGCUGGUGUUGGUUCUGUUAUGUGUUCAUAUAAUCAAGUUAAUGGUACACAAGCUUGUCAAAAUGAUAAAACAUUAAAUGGACUUUUAAAAGGUGAAUUACAAUUUCCAGGCAAUGUUAUGUCGGAUUGGGGUGCAACAAAAACUGGUAUCGAAUCAGUUUUAGGUGGUUUAGAUAUUGAUAUGCCUGGUGGUGAUGGAUUCAUGGGUUCCGUGCUGGUGCAAGCUGUUAAAACUGGUGCAGUAACAGAAGAUAGAAUUAAUGAUAUGAUUGUUAGAGUUUUAGCACCUUAUUAUCUUCUUGGACAAGAUCAAGGAUUUCCAACAUUAGAUUUAGAUCGAGAUGCUAUUGGAGAUAAUUAUAAAAUUAAUCGAUUAGUUGGUACUGCUGGUAUUGUUUUACUUAAGAAUACAAACAAUGCUUUACCAUUAAAUGUUACUACUGAUAAUUACUAUUAUAUUUAUGGAGCAGCAGCUGGUCAAUCUGAUGAAGGAUAUGGUGCAGGAAGUUCACCACAACAUGGAGGUGCUUUAUACCAAGGUGGAGGUUCAGGUUAUGUUGAACCUACGUAUGGUAUUGAUCCUCUUACUGCACUUUUAAUUAAAGGUAGAGAUGCUCAUCUUCAAAUGCGAUAUGUUACUGAUCAAAAUGAUUAUCGUGCUAUUAAUGAUACAUUCAAUGCACGUGGUUUUGGUAAUGCUAAAUGUCUUGUUUUUGUUAGUGCUUUCUCGUCAGAAGGAUCUGAUAGAAGUGAUCUUUAUGCUUUAAAUAAUGGAGAUCAGCUCGUUCAAACAGUUGCUUCACACUGUCCUAAAACUAUUGUCAUUGUUAACAGUGUUUCACAAUUAAACCUCGAAGCUUGGAUUGAUCUUCCCAAUGUUGUUGGUGUAGUAUGGAGUGGCAUGCCUGGCUCCGAGUAUGGUCCAGCUAUUGUCGAUGUUCUAUUUGGUGAUUAUAAUCCAGGCGGCAAGAUGGUAUUUACUUUAGCUAAAAAAGAUUCUGAUUUUGGUACUGAUAUUAGUCAAACAUACAAUUCCAAUUAUACUGAAGGUGUCUUCUUAGAUUAUCGUCAUUUCGAUAAAUUCAAUAUCACAGCAAGAUACUCUUUUGGGUUUGGCCUUUCAUAUACUACUUUCUCGUUUACACAACUUGAUAUUUCUAAAGCUGGAAAAGGUAAACAUACUGCAUCAUCACAAUAUCGACAACAUCGAAUUAAAUCGUAUGCUAAUGUCGCUGCUUCAAAAGUUUUUGAACCUGUUUAUGAAAUAACAUUUACUAUAACUAAUACUGGUAAAGUAGAGGGUUCAGAAGUACCUCAAUUAUACGUUGGAUUUCCUGCUGAAGCCGAACAACCACCAAAAAUAUUACGAGGUUUCGAACGAGUAUAUUUAGCAGCAGGUGAAUCAAAACAAGUAACAUUAGUACUAACACAAAGAGAUAUAUCAUAUUGGAAUGUUAUUAAUCAAAAAUGGGUAACUGCUCCUGGUACUUAUAAUGUUUGGAUUUCAACAUCUGCUAAUAAUGCUGACGUUAAACUUCAAAGUUCUUUUAAUGUCUAA